AUGGUUAAGAUCGACGAAAUAUCACGUACUUCAACAUUUGCUUGGAGUCAGGAUUGCUUGCCGUUACUAGCAACGGGGACGGUUGCGGGAGCGGUAGAUGUGAAUUUUGACUCGACAUCUACGCUUGAUUUGUGGGACAUAUUUUCGCCAACUAAUGGAGGCAAGCCAGUGUUUUCGGCGUCGGUGGAUAACCGGUUUUAUGCGUUAGCAUGGUCCAAGCCAUUUGAAGGUAGACCCAAGGGACUUCUUGCGGGUGCUUUCGAGAACGGCGUGGUGGAAUUCUGGGACGCAGAAGUGUUGAUCAAGUCCAAAGAUUUAAACAAGGCAUCGGUGCACAAGGGCACGAAACAUAGCGGGCCAGUCAAAACGUUACUGUUCAAUCCAAAUCAGGAUCAUGUGUUGGUUACCGGUGGAUCAAAUGGAGAGAUUUUUAUCUGGGAUACGAAGAAAUUCACCGAGCCAUCUGUUCCUGGUCAAGCCAUGACUCCUAUGGAUGAAGUCACCAGUGUUGCAUGGAACAAUUCGGUUAGCCACAUUUUUGCAAGUGCUGGUAAUGGUGGCUAUACUUCUAUUUGGGACUUGAAGUCCAAAAGAGAGGUCUUACAUUUAUCUUACAAUGGUCCUUCUGGAAGAGCUAACUUUUCGUGUGUUGCAUGGCAUCCAACUCAAUCAACAAAAUUAAUCACUGCAAGUGACAAUGAUGGAUGCCCAUUAAUAUUAACCUGGGACUUGCGUAAUGCAAAUGCUCCUGAAAAGAUUAUGGAAGGCCAUAAAAAGGGCGUUUUGUCGUUAGACUGGUGUAAACAUGACCCAGAACUUUUGAUUUCUAGUGGUAAAGAUAAUUCAACCAUGUUAUGGAAUCCUAUUAAAGGUGAAAAAUUAGGUGAAUAUCCAACCACCGCUAAUUGGGCUUUCCAUACUAAGUUCGCACCAGCAGCUCCUGAAAUUUUCGCUACUUCUUCAUUUGAUGGUAAGAUUAUUAUUCAAUCAUUACAAGAUACAUCCCCACCCGUAUCGACAAAAGUUGCAUCAAAUGAUGAUAAUGAAUUUUGGAAUGAGAUUUCUACCACUGAAACUCAACAGCCAGUCUUCGACGUGAAACAGGCUCCAAACUGGUUGAAGGUUCCAUCAUCCGUAUCAUUUGGGUUUGGUUCAAAGUUAGUUUCUGUAAAGAAAGACUCGAAUGGUAAGUCCAUAGUCAGUAUUGAAAAAUUUGUUACCAAUACAGGUUUCCAAGGCUCUUCUAAUAGAUUGACUGAUGCUUUCAAGUCUAAUGAUUUCAAUUCUAUUAUUGAUUCCAAAUUAGAAGGAAAGUUCGUUAACAAGAUCGAUCAAUCUGAUUGGGAAUUAUUGAAAAAGCUCCAUGAUACUGGUAAAGACAAGUUAUUUGAUGAGGAAGUAAACGGAAGCGAACAACCGAAAGUUGAUGGAGAAAAGUCUGAACAAAAAGAUGAAGGCGCAAAUGAAGCCAUUUCCUCUACUGAGGACUCGUUUUUCGAUAAAUUGGGUUCUAACAGUGGAAAUGGUACAUCAAAUACGGUUUCUUACAUUCCUCAAGGAGAUUUUAAAAUUUUUGAUUCAAAGCAAUCUGAAGGUGAUAAAAAGUUGAUUAAAUUGAUCUUGAAUAAAAAUAUUGAUGAAGCUGUGUCAUCAUGUUUAGAACAAGACAAAUUAGUGGAAGCAUUGAUUUUAGCUUUGGAUAGUUCCGAUGCAAUUAAGGAAAAGGUUAGGAAUUCAUUUUUUAAGAAGAAUGAUAAUGAACUUGCAAGAGUACUUUACAGUGCAUCCUCUAAUAACGUUACCGAUUUAGUGUGUCAUGCUGACGUUGCAAAUUGGAAAGAGAUUGCUAUGAGUAUUUCUUCAUUCUGUACUGACGUUAACGAAUAUAACAGUAAGAUGACUGAAUUAGGUGACCGUAUAAUUGACUCUAAAGGAACUUCUGAUGAAAAGAGAAACAAUGCUAUCUUAUGUUACUUAUCAGGUAAUGCUUUGGGAAAGAUUGCUUCUAUAUGGCUCAGAGAAUUACCAGAACUCGAGGAAGAAUUAUUGCAGUCUAAGGAUACGAAGAUUUCAACACCAUCGGACGCUAGAUAUGAAGCUUUAUCUAAUUUUGUUGAAAAAAUCACUACCUACAGAUCAAUUUCUAAUAUUUCUGGUGAAUUUGAGGGCCCAUCAAUUGAACCUAUUUGUAAAGCUAUUUUGGAAUAUGCUAAUUUAGUUGCUGGAUAUGGUCAAUUUGAUUUGGCAGAAAAGUUCUUGGAGUUGUUACCUAGUGAUUUUGCAGGCUUGAAAUCUGAGAGAGACCGCAUUUUAAAAGCAUCAGGUACUACAACCAUUAAGCAAGGUACUGUACAUUCAAGGACUGCCUCCCAAAGACCCACCGCUAUCAAUGCUGGGAAUGCUUACGGUAAACCAACAAAUUUUGCACCUUCAACUGGGCUUGGUGGUUUCCAAAGCACACCAAGCAAUGUUGUUCCUCCUAUCAAUCCAGCUUCUAUGCGUUUACCACAAGGGCAUACUCAACCGCCAAUUAACCAACCACAUAUCCUGGCUGCUCCUGCUGCUAAUCCGUACGUGAAAACUGCCUCAACUAAUCCGUACAUGCCAGCGCAUCCAUCAAAUUCAUUCAGUAAUCCAUACAAACCAGCAACCCCAUCAGCAACGCAUGCAACAAACCCACUUUCACCACCACCACCAGGUCCGCCAAAGGCUUCGUUUAAGAAUCAAACUGAGGGAUGGAAUGAUUUACCUGAUACUUUUAAACCUAAAGCUGCCCCUCGCCGUGCCGCAGCUUCCGCUGUAUCUCCAUCUCCAGUUCCGUCUAGUCCACAAUUGGCUACUAGUGCUCCAAAACGAACUUCAGUUGCUCCACCACUUGCCCCACCUCCUCCAAAGGGAGUAAGUCGUAACCAAUCGAAAACAUCAAUAAGCACAUCCAAUGCUAAUUCUCCUCGUCAGAGCCAGGCACAAAUGAGCUCGCGUUAUGCUCCACCACCAGGCGUUUCUACUGCUCCUUCUACGCCUGGGGUAAAUGAAGCUCCACCUACAGUUACAUCUGCGCCAAUUCCACCGCCUAAGAAUCCUUAUGCUCCAGCAAUGCAAGCUGCAUCACCAUCAUUACCUAAGAAUCCAUACGCACCUCCACCAAGUUACGGUCAACCAGGCAUUCUUCAACCAACUAUUCCAACACCUAAUAUUGCAUCACCUUCAUUAGGAAGGGCUACGACGGCUGCUCCACCAAAGAAUCCAUACGCACCUCCACCAGGUUCAGCUGUUUCUCCUAAACCUCAUGCUGCUGGAAUUCCAGCUCCAAGAAUGGGUGGAGUUGUUGCACCUCCUCCCCCAGUGGCUAGCUCAACGUCUUCACUUCCACCACCGCCAGGAAUUAGUCAACAACCACCAGCGGCUAAUGCCCCUCCUAUGGCCACGACCGUUGACCAAGAACCUCCAAAAUAUCCACCUGGUGAUAGGUCGCAUAUUCCAGAACAAUCGUUACCAAUUUUUAAUUCAUUAAGUAGUAUUCUUGAUGAUAUUAAACCUAAGAUUCCGGAAAGAUAUGCUAAACAUGGUGUUGAUAUGGACAAAAGAAUUAAUUUAUUAUUCGAUCACUUGAAUAAUAGUGAUUUAUUAUCAGAUGAAUCGAUUGCCUCAUUAAAAGAAGUUUGUACUGCGUUAGAAGCAAGAGACUUUCCAACUGCUAAUGCGUUGAACAUUCAAAUCGCCACUAAUCAUAGUGAAGAGACUGGUAAUUGGCAUACAGGUGUUAAGCGUCUUAUUCAAAUGUCCGAAGCAUUAUAG